AACUCUCUGGGACAUGUAGACCAACAGGAUGGAGGAUUUCAAAUAAAGCCCGUAAAAUACUUGAAGUCUGAAAACGAAGCAUCCAUUUGCACACCAGAAAUGAGCGAUGCCCAGUUACAAGUUUUUACUUGCUCCUGUUGUUCUUUUUCCUAUACAUCUGAAAUUUACCUCCACAAACACAUUAGGAGAUGCCACUGUGAUAAAUAUGAGAGCAUGCUGAAAUCAGGAGAGAUUAGACUUCAAAAUCCAACUCCCACAGGAAAAAAUACUUAUUACUGCUCACAUUGCGGGAAGAGUUUCAUUCGGCAAACUGAUCUUCUGCUGCACCAGCGCAUUCACACCAGAGAGAGACCGUAUCACUGCACAGAGUGUGGGAAGUGUUUCAUCCAACAAAGUGAUCUCAAAAAACACCAGCUCAUUCACACGGGAGAAAAGCCGCAUCUCUGCUCACAGUGUGGAAAGGGGUUUAUUCGGCAAAGCUACCUCAAUAAACACCAACUCGUUCACACUACAGAGAAGCCGUACCACUGCUCACAGUGUGGGAAGAGUUUUAAGCGAGUGAGCCAACUUUCGUCACAUCAGCGCAUUCACACGGGAGAGAAGCCGUAUCACUGUACACAGUGUGAGAAGAGUUUUAAUCAGAGGAGUCAUCUCCAGAUUCACCAGCUCGUCCACACAGGAGAGAAACCAUAUACCUGCUCAGAGUGUGGGAAGAGCUUCGGUCGACAAGGUGAUCUUCAAACACACCAGCGCAUCCACAUUGGCGUAAAGUCGUAUUUUUGCUCAGAAUGUGGAAAGAGUUUUAUUCGACAAGGUGACCUUCAAUCACAUCAGCGCAUUCACAAGGGAGAGAAGCUAUAUCAGUGCUCGGAGUGUGGCAAGAGUUUCCUUCGGCAGAGCGACCUCAAGCGACACCACCGCAUUCACACGGGAGAGAGGCCGUAUCACUGCACCAAAUGUGGGAAGAGAUUUAUUCAGCCAGGUGGUCUUAAACUGCACCAGCUCAUUCAUACAGGAGAGAAGCCGUAUCACUGCAGUCAGUGCGCAAAGAGUUUUAUCCGACAAAGAGAUCUAAAUCGACACCAGCACAUCCACACUGGACAGCAGCCGUACCUCUGUUCAGCAUGUGGGAAGAGUUUCAGUCGACAGAGUUAUCUCCAACAACAUCAACGCACUCACACGGGGGAGACCCUGUGUCACUUAGACUGAGGGACUAGUUUUUGGCACGAGACUCUCAACAAACAGCACAUCAUUCACAAAGGAAAUAGGGGGUUAGGAUGAUGCAAUUUAUCCUGUAAUGACAUUACAAUAAAAUUUCAUUUAAUUUUUUAUUUCCACUAAUUUUUGCCUAAAAUCAAUACCAGCUAAUUAAAAAGUAAGGUUGCUGAUGUAAAUUAGUUAUGAUGGCUAUGUUACCUUAGGAAUGCAUGCACACAUACUAUUUUUGGGUGUCCGUUGUUUAGUUCUUCGGUGUUCGCAAGGUAGUCAUCCAUAGUGGUCAGCCUCAGGUUUGUUUUUGUUUUUUUCUCAUACAGAGAACUUUAAGGAUUACCAUGAGAAUAGUUUACGUUAAAGUGCUGCAAAUGUGGACUUUGGAAAACCUUCAGUGUAAUCAGCAUGAAGCAUAACAAGCUAAUACUGCGCAAUAAAACUAACCUGUAUCACAAGAAUGUUUUCUUUGUUAAAAAUUAUGCACAGAGGAUAUUAAUUUCAAUAAACUUUUGUUUCA